UCGAGGCGUCCUGGACCUGAGCUCGGAGUCGCAGAGCUCCUAUCUCCCUCACUCUCUCUCGUACAUCCGUAGGAGAUAGGUGAAAAAACUGGCUCCUCGAGGCGCUCACCUGGACCGCAUCAUAAUGGACGCCCUCGAGGAGAUGAAUCUCAGCUCAACAUUCAACAUCUCCGAAGUAUUCCGGAUUUAUGGAGCGAACCUUACUUUCGAUGAUGGCGAUUCUGCCUUCUAUAUGCCACUGUACAUCGAGGUGCUAUGGUGCGUUCUGUUCUCCACCAUGAUCGUGGUGGCCGCCUGUGGAAACCUGAUCGUGAUCUGGAUCGUACUCGCUCACAAACGUAUGCGGACCGUGACGAAUUACUUCAUCGUUAACCUGUCGAUCGCCGAUACGAUGGUUUCGACAUUGAAUGUCAUUUUCAACUUCACGUACAUGCUCCGGCGGGAAUGGUGGUUCGGGGAAUGGUAUUGCAAGUUCAGUAACUUUAUCGCCGUCGUUAGCGUCUCAGCUAGCGUUUUCACGCUCAUGGCCAUUUCUAUCGACAGAUAUAUGGCUAUAAUGCAUCCUCUUCAUCCGCGGAUGUCGCGAACCAUGACUCUGAACAUUGCGGUUUGCAUCUGGAUAUUGGCUGGGAUUCUCUCGUGUCCACAAUACGUCUACUCACGGACCCGGGAGCAAGACAACCACACUGUCUGUUACAUGUUUUUCAAUGAAGACGGAGAGAUAACUGAAAGCGAAGAGGAUUACAUAUACAAUGUGCUGAUCCUGAUCGUGACCUACGUGAUCCCCAUGCAAGCGAUGGCCUUCACGUAUUUCCGGGUAGGCCGAGAACUGUGGGGCUCACAGAGCAUCGGCGAAGUUACACGCAAGCAGACAGAGACGAUAAACUCUAAACGAAAGAUCGUCAAGAUGAUGAUCGUGGUUGUGGCGAUUUUCGGCGUUUGCUGGUUGCCGUAUCAUUUGUAUUUCCUCAUCGUUCAUCAUUUCCCCGACAUCAUGGAUUCCGCCUAUGUUCAGCACAUCUAUUUGGCCAUCUAUUUCCUCGCAAUGUCGAACUCGAUGUACAAUCCCAUCAUCUACUGUUGGAUGAAUAGCCGGUAA